GAGUUCGGGGCCCCCAAUGAGAUCGGACUUUCGUCUCUUGUUUGCUCUGGUCUCCCCUUCGACGGCGGACUCGGUCGCGUACUUGGGGUCUCCUCUACUCGCAUCUGCGGCCCGGCAUACCGAAAAACAUGGCCGAUAUCUGGCUCUCGUGUCUGUCGAGGCCCACGAGCCUGAAAUGCCAGCUGCGGUCUAUCCGGUGCUCGCCUUAAAUGGAAAGGAAGCGUUGCCGAGGUUGUUCAUUCCGGUCGCAUCCCCCUGUGGCUCUCGCGCUGUCAUCGAGCCUCGCUUUCCCUGGCGCCAUGGCCCUUGUGUUGUCGACACGUCCAAAGCAUUCAUCAUCCAGCCUGUCUUCGAAUCUCCCUUCGCACAGGCUGAGUCGCGCAAUUUCCUCGACUCGACCAAUGCCGAUCCUGCUUUAGCCUAUCUCGAUGAGGACAUGUAUGUCUUUCGAGAUAUAGACCAGGAGGACAGACGUGCUGGGAUCGUACGUGAGAUGGAAGAAGCCGGCAUCGACACUGCUCUCGCAGAGGCGCAGUAUGCCUAUUGGACCGACUUCAACACGUAUAACAGUACAAAGGCUUGUCCUGCUCCCGGGGAAUGGAGCGCUCCGGCUUGGAUUCACGCCAAAGUCAGCUUCGACGUGGAAUCUGUGCUGGAACUACCAUCCAGCACUCGACUACACGAAGAGGUCAAGGACGUAGAGCGCGCACGAGCCCAUCUUUCCCGACCAAGCACGACGGCGGUCAUGUUUUGGAGAAUGGCGCAGUCCUUGUGUGGCACACCAGAUAACCCUCGAGGGGAGGAAGUGAAAGACCUCGAAAACGCAGUCUUGGUGGAUCUAUGUGCUGCUCUCGUGGAUGAAGACCCCGAUCCCGGAGAGGAGACUCCCAUAGAACUCGACCCCGACGGAUUUCCUCUUUAUCCCGAAGGGGAUGAUCUGGACUUCGCCGAAAUGUCCGGUCUACCAUUCACAUCCAAAGGUUUCGACCGUCUCCCGCCGGUAUCUCCGCCCGACAUCCAGAUUGUCUACGUUGACCUCUACGGAACCCUGAUUGACAACGAAACAGGCAUCUACAACGCGCUAGCUCCUUCGUUAGAACUGUCCAUCCACUCUCUCGAUCGAUCCCAGGCUCUCUCGCUCUACUUCGACGUCGAAGAUGAUCUUAAGCAACGAUGUCCCGGCUCAAUCUAUUCCGAAAUCCUGGCGAGAUCGUACGGUGAAUUUUGUUUGCGACUCGGACUAGAUUCGGACCCAGUUGGAACGGCCAAUUUCGUCGAAUCGUUCUUCGACUGGCCCCUGUUUCCCGAUGCUAUAGAGGCUAUGUCUCGACUCAGACCGGGUCUGCUCGUUCUCGCCGGUGUCGUCGAUGCUGAUAUCCGAACACUUUGCAAGUGCAAAGCCUUUCGGGCGUUGCAACCUCACUUCACUGAGCUCUUCACGUGGGACGCUGUGAGGUGUUACCGACCUCACAAGCAUCUCUACGACAUGAUAUUCCGAUACCACGACAAAUCAAGAAUUCCGCGUGCGUGUUGGACAAUGAUAUCCAGUAGUUUAUUUCGCGAUAUCGAAUCGACGCGACCAUUCGAUGUCUCCGGCAUGUGGGUCAAGCGUCCCGGGACGCUCGCUCGCAACUUUCAGGAGCCAGAUGACGGCAUUCCUUACGCGUGGGCGGUCUGCGACGACGUUCUGGAUGCUGCCUCGUUCCUCCUUCGGAACCGGCAAUAUGCACACAGCUCCAAGUGGUUGAUCGCUUCGUAGGACUCGUCGACUGUUUUGAUGCAAUGCGGAGGGGAAAAUGAUACACCUGACUCUAUUUCUCCGGUGCCCGCUCGCCCAUGAUUUCGAUGCUUG